UCUUGCCCACUGCAUACUGUGGGGUUGGUUACUCUUCCCGCCCGUUGUCGUCACCAACGGCGCUCCACCAACGGCGCUCCCAAUCGGGUUCAAGUCAGAGCAUACCUAUCUAGGUAUUGCAGACGGCAUCUGGUGGCCGCAUGCUCGACGAAUGUUGACCGCCAACAUAUGGGAGUUUAAGAGCUCAGAGCUGACCGACCAGCAUGGCUGACACGGUCGAAACGGAGCUUGCCAGCGUCAACGCCAUCGGCGCAGCGCCCCCGUCGGAUGCGUCGCCUCCCCGUCAAGACAUCCCUCAACGCAUUCCAGAAUCCAAAGACACAUCCGAGCCCGUUUUCCCGCCCCUGCACAACAAUGCCGGCGCAGACGCGGACUCGAUCGCGUCCGGGGCCUCGGCCCCCUCCCGAGCAGGCCCUGGCGGGGUUGGGGACGACAAUGAUGAAGACGAGCCCGCCGUUGCCCGGCCGUUUCUUCGCACCUCAAGUCCCGAUCCGCAGUCCCGCCCGGGUCUGGCCAAGUCGGUGGACGACGAAGAUAGUGAAGAGCGCGUGGGGGUCGGCAACGGGCCGGGGCGGCGGCCCAAACCCAAGCAGAGGAUGCACCGGUUCAGCCUGUAUGAGACGGCGAGCCGCUUCUAUAUCGUCGGCGGCGACGUGACCGAGAAGCGCUACCGCAUCCUCAAGAUUGACCGCACCAACGAUGACGCCUCUGAGCUGAGCAUGACGGAGGACAAGACCGUGUAUACCCAGAAGGACAUGAAUCAACUGCUCGACACCAUAGACGACGGCAACAAGGGCACGGGUGGGCUCAAGCUGCGGUGCACCACGUGGGGUUUGCUGGGUUUCAUCAAGUUCACCGGCCCGUAUUAUAUGCUGCUGAUCACAAAGAAGAGCACGGUCGCCAUGCUCGGCGGCCACUAUGUCUACCAGAUCGACGGCACCGAGCUGAUCCCUUUGACGUCGCCCAACUUCAAGGCAGACCAGCGCAACACCGAGGAGUCGCGCUUCCUGGGCAUUCUCAACCACCUCGACUUGACUCGUUCGUUUUACUACAGCUACUCGUACGACAUCACCCGCAGCUUGCAGCACAACGUCGCGCGCGAGAGAGCUUCGCUGCUCAACGGCAGUCCCUGCUCUGCCGAUGACGACUUGAACACCAUGUUCGUCUGGAACCAUCACUUGCUCCAGCCGGCCGUCAGGGCACUCAACGCCCCGUUUGACUGGUGCCGUCCCAUUAUCCAUGGCUAUAUCGACCAGGCCGCCGUGUCCGUCUACGGGAGGACUGCCCACAUAACCAUCAUUGCGCGACGCAGCCGCUUCUUCGCCGGCGCCAGGUUUCUAAAGAGGGGUGCUAACGACCUGGGAUACGUCGCCAACGAUGUCGAGACGGAGCAGAUCGUGUCCGAGGCCCUAACGACCUCGUUCCACGCGCCGGGCCCCAAGUUCUUCGCCAGCCCUGCAUACACCUCUUACUUGCAGCAUCGCGGCUCCAUCCCGCUCCAUUGGACACAGGACAACACGGGGGUUACCCCGAAGCCGCCGAUAGAGUUGAACCUGGUAGAUCCCUUUUACUCGGCGGCCGCGCUGCAUUUUGACAAUCUCUUCGAGCGGUACGGGGCGCCCAUCUACGUCUUGAAUCUGAUCAAGGCGCGUGAGCGCACCCCGCGCGAGAGCAAGCUGCUGGAGGAGUACACCCGGGCGAUCGCCUAUCUCAACCAGUUCCUGCCGGCCGACAAGAAGAUCAUUUACCGAGCCUGGGACAUGUCGCGCGCCGCCAAGAGUCGCGAUCAGGACGUGAUCGGGACGCUCGAGAGCAUUGCCGAGGAGGUCCUGAACACGACCGGCUUCUUCCAGAACGGGGACGGCCACACCAGCCCGAUCCGGGUGCAGAACGGCGUCGCGCGGACAAACUGCAUCGACUGCUUGGACCGUACCAAUGCGGCCCAGUUCGUCAUCGGAAAGAGGGCACUCGGCUACCAGCUGCACGCCCUCGGCAUCCUAGGGGAUACCACGGUAGAAUACGACACCGACGCCGUCAACCUGUUCACUCACAUGUAUCACGACCACGGUGACACCAUCGCGGUGCAGUACGGCGGGUCGCAACUGGUCAACACCAUGGAGACCUACCGCAAGAUCAACCAAUGGACCAGUCAUUCCCGCGACAUGAUUGAGAGCUUCAAGCGCUACUACCACAACUCUUUCCUGGAUGGACAGCGCCAAGAGGCUUACAACUUGUUCCUAGGCAACUACAUCUUUGCUCAGGGACAGCCCAUGCUGUGGGACCUUGCCACCGACUACUACCUCCAUCACGAGGAUCCCAGGACGUGGUUGGAAAAGCGGAAACGUGACUACAUUCAUUGGUACACCCCCGAGUUCUUGAAGGAGCGCGUGAUUCCACCAUAUCCGACCAUCCCUCGGGCAUCCAAGAACAACCCGGUUUCGGCCUAUGAUGAUUACUGGCUGGAAUACUACCGUCCGUCUACCCUCUCUUCCUUUCUCAAGAUGUUCCCUUACAAGAUGAACUCGACCAUCAAAUACAUACCCCUCAAGUCGACCCAGGACGGCCGCUAUGACCUCAGUCCGUUUCGCGUGCGAACGGAAGCCGAUAGCGACGUUCACGAUAAAAAGAAGGCCAGGAAGGACACGACCGCCGUUGCGCCGCAAGACCUCGCCCGCACGGCCGAUGACGCCGAGACAUCAUCGUUCGUCAACGAGAAGUCGCCGUCCCAUACACGUACCGCCUCCAACAAUGGUCGCAUGUCCCUCCACCGCUGGCUGCACGAAAAGAACGCGCCCGAUGGAACCCAGUCACACGAUCGCCCUGGCUCUCCCUACCACCACCGCUACCCGAGUAACUCGAGCCAUCACUAUCACAGCCGCAACAACAGCAUCGACGACGCCUCCCGCCACUAUCCCAAUCAUCACCACGAUAGCCAUCGUUCUCACCGCCAGUCCGCCGGCCACACCUCUGCCAACCUAGCGACUGCAGAAAAGGGUCAGCCAGCGCACGAUCAAGAAGAAGAAGAGAAGAAGCCGCACCAAACAGCUCUCGAGAAGUCGCGGGCCGCCCAGCAGACCUUCACCCAGGUCGUGCGCGACUCGCUUAACCCGACCGUCAGUGCUGCCGAGGCUGCCGACUACGCGCGCUACGUCGCCCACCCGCAGAACCUGCCGCUGGUGGUCUCCUCGUCGCCCAGGUCGCUGCUGCCCGCAGAAGACGAAAUCGAACCCGAGUAUAUCGAGUACGUGAACGGCGCCUGGAAGGAGGAGGGACUGGGGCGGGCGGUGGGAGACUACCUUGACCCUUCUUCUCUUCUUGUUGGUGGUGGUAACGGUGAAGAGGGCAGGGAGGGGCUCAAGGGGGGGAGUAAAGGAAGGGGGGGUAAUGGCACCGGCGGUGCUGGUGCCGAAACUUUUGCCAGGAUCGGUGGGAUAUAUCAAGGGGAAGCGGUGGAGGAUGACUGGGUGCUGUACGCCGAGACGGUAAGGCUGCCGGAGAACCCGCUGACCGUUACCGAGGAGGACGCGCUCAAGAAGCGGUACAAGGCGUAUCGGAAGUGGCUGAGGGGAAAGAGCCUGUUCAAACAGCAGCCGGUGGAUUAGGAGUUGCCGUCGGCGCUGUCUGCUCCCGCUGGCGCUGGUGGCUGCUGCGAUGCCGAGUCGUGGGGCGGGGAGUCCGCGGAGGAGAGUCCGACUCGGACUGGGCCGAAGAGGAGGAGCUCGGCUAGCUGGACGAGAAGAAGAGCGGAGCUAGGCGGGGGUCCUUCUCCACCAGCGGCGCGGUGUGCGACGAGAGCUCGAUCGCCGCCCCGCCCUCGCCCUCGCCCUCGGCCGUCUUGAGC